UGACCCUCUCUUGUAUUAGAACUCCACCAGCAGAGGCAUCGUGAAAAUGGGAUCAUUUUCAUCUGCCUCUCUCUGCAACAGCAUCUCCCAUCUGGCUGUUAAGUAUCAAAGAAGCUUCCAGCACUACAUUCAACCCUUGGUACUCCUCUUCCUCUCGGAUAGCAUCUUUGGAAGGUACUCCCAUGACCCUCUAUUACUGUUGCCUUAGUGAUCCUCCCAACUAUUUAAAAGAAGAUAAUAAUGCCUGUCUUGCAAGAAAUUUAGGCUGAUUACUUCACUGGGUGUUAUGCAAGAGGGCUUCUACACUUUGUGUCAUGCAGUUUCACUCCUGAUGCUUAAGAUCAGCUAGAAACUCCAAUGGUGAACAUAAGUGCAAAUUGCUGAUCAAGAGAAGUCUUCAGUGGCUUCUGGACACGGCUCUGAUUUUGGAACCUUUAGGAAAUGCAUUUACCACGGAGAAGGCGGCUACAACGGAACCGAAUCUUUUUCUUGCUUGCCAUAGUGUUGGUCCUCUCUCUUUAUCAGCUCCAGUUCAGCCCCUCUGCCCUUCCAGCACCACACACAGCACCCCAACUCAUGGACCCUAUCAAAGUGACCUCCAGGGACCUCUCCAGCAAUAAGACUGCCAUAACAGGCAAUGUCACAGCAGCACCCAAAAUAAGGCACUGUGUUUAUGUGGAUCCUGAGCCAACUGUGCCCAUCACUACAUCAGUGAAUACACCACCACAGCAAGAAAAUGUCAGUGAAAGCUACCCAGAUGAAAAGCCACCAUAUGAGUCCAAAGGAGAAUAUCCCCAGGACCUAUUCAGUGUGGAAGAACGCAGGCAAGGGUGGGUUGUACUUCACAUCUUUGGCAUGGUAUAUGUAUUUGUGGCCUUGGCCAUAGUGUGUGAUGAGUAUUUUGUCCCUGCUUUGGGAGUGAUCACAGAGAAGUUGCAGAUCUCUGAAGAUGUGGCUGGAGCCACCUUCAUGGCAGCAGGUGGAUCAGCACCAGAACUCUUCACCUCCCUCAUAGGUGUCUUCAUCUCACACAGCAAUGUGGGCAUCGGUACCAUUGUGGGCUCAGCAGUGUUUAAUAUCCUCUUUGUCAUUGGCACCUGUGCCCUCUUCUCAAGGGAGAUACUCCACCUGACAUGGUGGCCCUUAUUUAGAGACAUCUCAUUCUACAUUGUAGACUUACUGAUGCUCAUCCUGUUUUUCCUAGACAGUGUCAUUGAUUGGUGGGAAAGCCUCCUUUUACUGACUGCCUAUGCCACAUACGUAUUCACUAUGAAACAGAACGUGUACCUAGAACAAUGGGUGAAGCAGGAGCUGAACAAGAAGCUAAAUGCUGUGCAGGCAGCAUCAGCAGAGCAUACACGGAAGAAAAGCAGUGGGGCAGUUGCAGAUGAUGGAACAAAGAAGCCAACAGAUGGGAGAAAGCUGCAGCCUGUAUCAGCCUUACAGCGAGGCAGCAGCUCAGCCUCCCUACACAACUCUCAAAUGCGCAGCACCAUCUUCCAACUCAUGAUCCACACCCUGGACCCCCUGGCAGAAGCAAAAUUUAAAGACAGGGUUGACAUCCUGAGCAACAUAGCCAAGGCCAAAGUAGAGACUCUAGCUGGACGAGGAUCAAAACCAGAAGCAGAAGAGGAAAAGAAGGCAACAAGCACCGUUCAGGUAACUCCUGCCAGCGAUUCUGAACCCAGCAAAGACAAACAGAAGGCUGAUGUACCACAAGACGGACAGCCCUCUUCAGACAGUGAUACGUCAGAAGACAGCAGCUCUGAGAGUGAGGAAGACAGUGAUGAUAACAGCACAGAAAAUGAUGAAAACGAUGAGCCAUUAUCUCUUGAAUGGCCAGAAACUAGGAAAAAACAAGCAAUUUACCUUUUCCUCUUUCCCAUUGUCUUUCCUCUCUGGAGCACUAUGCCUGAUGUUAGAAACCCAGACUCCAAAAAAUUCUUUGUCUUCACAUUUUUUGGAUCCAUCAUGUGGAUUGCUGUAUUCUCUUACCUCAUGGUGUGGUGGGCUCACCAGGUUGGUGAAACAAUUGGGAUAUCAGAGGAAAUUAUGGGGUUAACCAUACUGGCAGCAGGAACAUCAAUCCCUGACCUUAUCACCAGUGUCAUCGUUGCACGGAAGGGCUUAGGUGACAUGGCCGUCUCCAGUUCCGUAGGCAGCAAUAUCUUCGAUAUCACUGUUGGUUUGCCAGUUCCUUGGUUCCUUUAUUCUGUCUUCAAUGGACUCAGUCCAGUUGCAGUCAGUAGCAAUGGUUUGUUUUGUGCAAUUGUUCUUCUUUUUCUCAUGCUUCUAUUUGUGAUUAUCUCAAUUGCUGUAUGUAAAUGGAAAAUGAACAAACUACUGGGGUUCACUAUGUUUGCUCUUUACUUUGUGUUUUUGAUCAUCAGUGUCAUGUUAGAAGACAAGAUAAUAUCCUGCCCAGUAUCUGUAUGACAUUUGGACACUUCCAAGAUGUAUGUAUGCAUACAUAAAAAUCAAAAGGGGUUUAAGGUAGCAACUGUUCUACUGAAAAAAGCAACAGAAUUAUAACGUACUUACUGAAAAUAAAAUACCUUUACCAUACUACAAAAAAAAAAAAGAAAUUCUAAAGUGGUAUGUCAGCCUCUACUAUUUUUGUUUAGGAUCAGAAAAGAUCAAAUAAUGAAGUGACCAACAUCAAAUAACAU